CGCCAUUUAUUGUAUUUUUUUUCAAAUAAAUAAGUUAUUAAAUUGGGAAAUUUUCGAGAAAACUAUCCAAUUAUUCAAUAAUUUCCUUUUCUUUUUAUGAAAGAUACAUCUAUUUUCAGUAUUUCAUUUAUAAAAAUAAAACAGUUGAUCAAUUAAACCGCAUUUUACUCAUUUAAUUCCUGCUCUUGAAUGCAACUUGUUUAUAAAGAAGAUGGUGAUAUAUUGCAUAUUUUCCUUAAUCUUUCUUAUUCAAUCAACAGGUAAGCCUCUUCUUUUAAAAAAUCUUUGAUGUUUUCUUCUUCAACUAUCGCCGAAAUGCAGAUGCUAUUUGCUCUUCUAAUGAUAAUUGCUUGGCCAAUGGUCAAUGUAUAAAUGGAAAUUGCGAAUGUGACUAUCCAUUUAAUAAUGAAGCUUGUAAUAUGGGUAAUUGGUUUAUAUUGUCUAUACGCUUGCUCUUAAUUAACUCUUUGCUAUAUAGGAGCUAAAUACUAUUACGAGGAGGGAAUUUCCGAUGGAGAUAUUAUUGCAGUUUUUCCGUCUCUCAAUUCAACUGAAGAAUGUCUCGAAAAAUGUCAAAGUAAACCGGAAUGUAUUACCAUUGGUAUAGGAGUUCGAAAUAAUACAACAGUCUAUUGUUCACUGAAGGAAAAUACAAAAUUUCCCAUUAAAACAUUCACAGCCUUUGACAAUAUAACAAAAUUUUAUACAUUUCUAUCUAAAGGUUGUUUAUUUCUUUUAGACUAUAAAGUGUCUAAAUAAAUACUCUGAUUGUAUUUUUCUCUUGAAAACAGAUUCAGAAUUAUCACUUUGCGGACAAGAAAAUGUACAGAAUUAUCUCAUAAAAGUGUGUCUUCAAUAUCUAUGGUUAACAGCCACUCAUUGCUCAUUAAAUGGAUUUGAAAAGCUUUACAGUCAACAAUAUUAUUUAUUUAACAAAUACUCAACACCUGCUGCUCUAAAAUCAGAAAUGAAACAGAAAAUUAAUUCGAAUAUAGCAGCCGAAAAACAUCACACACAAGCCGAACGCAGAAACUUAUGCUACGGUUUCAUAUCUCGUGGAGAGUAUAAUGUAGCGUUAAAUAAAAAAGUUUCGUCUUUCAAUGGUUUAACUGAAGAACCACGCCACAUUUAUGACAAAAAACAUUUGGUUGAUGGUAUUACUCAUGCUGAUUAUUUGUCAGGUGGAUGUACACAUAUGAAUCCUGUUUAUUAUGACCAUAAAAUACGGCUAUUUGUUGAUUUAGAAAGAGAUUAUAUUGUCAAUUCAGUUGUCCUCUAUAGCUCAAAAAAGCUAAGUGUGUACAAAUAUCAUUUACUUGUCUUACACAGGUGUUUCGAAUAUACUUGCACAUAUUUACAUAUUUCAGCUUGGGAUCAACAUGUCGAAAUAUACAUGUUGAAGGAUAAACCAAAUAACGUUGUUUUUCAACCGUUCGAUGGGGAAAGAUGUGACUAUUCAAUAUAUGUAAAGUCCAGAGGAGAGAAAACAAAGAUAACUUGUAAAUAUAACAUAGAAGCUGGGCGUUAUGUGACAUUGGUAACGUGGAACCAAAUUUUUCUAUGUGAACUUGAAGUCUAUACGAGUAAGUAAGGGUGAGAGGGAGAGAGGAAAUCGGGAGGAAAAUUCAAUUUUGUUUAUAUUUUACAGACGAUUUAGCUCUUAACACUCAAGUUGCAUCGUCCAGCGUAAAGGAUAUAAAUAGCUAUCCCGGCUUUGCUGUCCUAGAAGAUUCAUCUAGAUAUGAUUUUCAAUCAUUAGAUGAGCAAGAUUCUUGGAUGAGUGUCUACUUGAAGGCGAAAUAUUUAAUCUAUUGGCUGGAAUUAUUUAAACUAGAAUUAAAGAAAUUUAAAGUCUAUACAAUCAAUCGAAACUUUCUAAUUGAUCAAAGUUUUCAAAAUGACGAAUUGUCGUAUUCUAAUGAAAAUGCAAACAAAGUUAAUACAAAUCAUCUUGUUAUACCGUGCACGAAAAUUUUAUCUGGGGUUUUUGUUGCAUUAAAAUCAUCGGAAGGCUUCAUGUUAAGAAAACUGGAAAUAUAUGGCUUUUACGAAGGAGAAACUGAUAUUGAAAAUUUUGCUUAUGGCAAACCAGUUUGGAUUCCUUCAAUGGACCAAAAUUCAUUCGCCUAUUAUGUAACGGAAGGAUUUAGUGAGCACUCAUUAACAGCUAUUGCUACACUUGAUAAAUGGAUGAUAAUUGAUUUAUUAAAGUUGUAUCGAAUUGAUCAAAUUGCAAUUCAGAUGAGAUCGUCGAAAGAAAUUCAAGAUGUUGAAAGAUAUUCGAAUUACUUCAAAUUCUACUAUAAGAGGGAAGACAUAAACAUAUCUGACAAUGGCAUUGAUGAUACUACUACAGCUAUAAAUUCUGCAACAGUUGCUGCUGACACUACUUAUAAUGAUGAUAUUACUACUGUUACUAACCACAGCACUCCUGAGAGUUACACUGCUAUUAGUAGUAAUACUAAGACUUCUGCUCCUGUUGCUAGUACCGAUAAUAGUCCGACUACUGGUACUAGUAAUACGCAUAAAAAUCCUAUUAAUAUACAGAAUCUUAGUGUACCACCUCUCAAACAACAGAAUGCAAAUGGCAGCAAUAAUAUUAAUACUGUUUCCACUGUCACUCCAGCUUCUACUCCUGCUUCUUUCCCUGCUUCUUCCUCUGCUAGAACUACUAAUAUAAUUAAUACUAAAACUAUUACUACUUCUACAAAUACAAGUACAGCUGAUUCUAUUACUAGUGUUAGUAUCAAUGAUGGUGAUAUUAGUAGUAGUAAUACUGAUUUUGCUGUCAGUGCUACUACUGCUACUACUGCUACUACUGCUACUUAUGGUAGUACUGCUGAUUACAGUAGUGGAAAUGAUGAGAUUAAAUCCGAUUGUCAAAUUAUUAGUAAUAUUCAUGCAAAUAGAUAUGGACGCUUGUUAGUAUGGAGUUGUCUCCAAAAAGUGAAUAUUGGUAGAUUUGUUUUGAUACAAAAUUUCAAAGGAAAACCCUUAGAAAUGCGACAAGUUUACGUUUUUGGUGGAAAUGCUAAUACCGAGUAUCCGUUGAAAAAUAUUCCUUUGACUAGCGCGUCAACAGUAGGCAAUUUUGAUUAUGAUAAAUCACCUUUGAAAGCCAUUGAUGGACAUUUUACGAAAUAUUCUACACCCAAUCUAUUAUAUUCCUGUACAACUGUAACGCCAGCUGUAAAGUUAUUAAUUCAUUUUGAUAAACUUUCAUACGUUAAACAAGUACUAAUUCAGCCGAGACAAGACCAAGCCAAUAUUAUAAAUAUUAAUGUUAAUAUUGAGAGUAAAAGUGGAAGUUUAAAACUACUCUGCUCAAAUUUUACUUCGUCGACGAUCGUAAAUUAUCUUAUUCAAGUAAAUUGUUCAAUAGCUUUAUAUGGAGAUCAAUUAUCUAUUGAACAAAUUUACACUAUUCAUUCUCAUGAUAUUGAUAUUUGUGAAGUGAAAGUGUUUAAAUUCGAUUCGUAUGAAAAAGAUAUAUCGAAGAAAUGCAUAAAUAAUGAUAAAAGAAGAUUAGCAUUGUCCAGAAAAUUUCAAUCGCCUUCAAACGAGGAUUGCCUUAUUUAUGCCAAUAUAAAUACAUUUGACAAAUGCGUAGAAUUUUGGAAAAACACACAACACGAAUUAUUCACCUAUGACUUUAAACAUAAAACUUGUUGUACACACAAUCCGAAUUCUACCAUUCUUAGUAAUCUAUUAAGUCACUCUAUUAUUGGACACUUUGUAUGUGUUAAUGGAAAUUAUACAUGUUAGAGAAAGAGAGAGAGAGAGAGAUGAUAAGUUUGAGACGGCAGCGAAUGAUAUUAACAGAAAACUUAUCUCUUUCCUUUUAAGAACAAAGUUUUGCCACUCACCCUCUUGUUUUCUCUCUCUCUCUCUCUUCUAAUCUAACUCUUAUUGGACCUCAAAUUGCAAUGAAUGUAAACAUUAUCUAUCCAUAAUUGUUAAUAUAGAAAUGUAAAUAUUUAUUUUAUAAAUAAAUAACAACAUUUUGUUUCUGAACAAAACAGUAAUGCCUUUGAAAUUGGUAAGUAGAGGCACUCUGAACAUUUUCUUACUGUGGGGAAAAA